UACUCACUUAUUAUUCAGUUACUACUGCUGAACUCAAGCUGCCGUGGCCUGCUACACUGCUCUGCUUGCUCUGAACUAGACAAGAGCUGCUAUUGCUAGCUCAUACAAACCAUUUCUGCUGUCUGCUGCGUUAUUCACAAUGCCAGACGACUCUCUGCUCGACUCGCCCAUGUCGGCGCGUGAUUACAAGUACAUCAAGGACUCGUACUUCUCCCAAAAUCAUCCAAACCACAUCAAAGAAGACCUCAGUCUCUUUCAAGGCUCUUACAUGCGUGGACCUCUAGACUCGGCUGCAAAGCAAAAAGCGGAAUACCUGCUAGCCUUGCUCGAUGCAGACCGUUCAGUCGCAUCGCAGCAGCAACCACAACAACCGUCUGCUGGACAACAGCUAGGCAGGCCACAAGCUGCAUCGAGUCCCAAAAUGGACUCAGUCAUGGAGCAUGAUUUAUCAGCAAGACGCGUCUCUGUUCAAUACCCCGAACAAUCCCUCGGUACCGUCUCCGCAAACCGUACACCUUCCUUCCAAAAACACUCGAUGCGCGCCGAAUCGAGCGGUCUUGCCAUUCAAGCUUUACGUGAAAAGUUGUCUGCAUCCACAGCAUCCAAACAAACAAAUUACCAGCCUGCGCAAGUCCAAGAAGUCGAUGAUUCCUUCUUCAAGCCCAUGACGAGCGAGCCGCACAACUCAACGCGUCCAAUGUCUCAGGAAAUCACACCUUCUCCGCUACGACACGCUUCGCAGCAGCAAUUUUGGACAGCCAAGCAGACAUGGGAUACAAAGCACAUACCCGCAACGGAACCCAGUCUUCCUCAUGCACUCACCAGCCAUGAAGAACAAGGUCAGGCUGAAUCGAUGAUUGCUGCACUUGGUGUCUUGUCGCCUAUUCGUCGACGUUCCUUACAACCAGAAACAACCAUCCCCCAAGCACCCCUCUCACCUGCAAUCAGCCAUCUCGGAUCCGUCGCUGAGCAAAACAGCAUCGAUGCGACCCGUGGCGACUUGACACGUAAGCACACUGCAAGCAGUCAACACGACCACUCAGACACCCGUUCUGCCCUCUCCAAAGUCGAUGCAACCUCUUUACAACACGCCAUUCAAGAUGCACUGCAAAUCACCGUUCCCACACCAGGCGCUCAAUCGCAACACGGCACACUCGGUGCCAAUAUUGCAGCGCGAUUCCGAGCAUCGCGUGGAUCUGCAAUGGACAUGGAUGGGUCUGGUUCAGGUGGCCCGUUACUUGAUCUUGCAACCCCUGCAAAACAACCAUCCGUCCAACAACGUCUCCCGUCUCUAGGAGAAUUACAAGUCUUGGAGCCCAUUAAGCAGGGUAGCCCCUUACAAGGCGAACCAUCUGUCCAUCGCAUGGCGCCAGAAUUGCAACGAACAGACAGUAACAAGGAAAACAGCGUUCCACCUAAUCAGACGAAUCAGUUCGUGACGCUUUCUGAGCAUGAUAUUCGAAGUCUUGUUGAGCAACUUGAACAAACACAACAUGAAUGUUCUCGACGUGGCCUGAUUAUCGAUACAUUGGUGCAACAAUCACGCCAAGCUGGUUCGGAUGAUGUUUCGAGUCGGGAGAAUGCGCAGAGAGAGGUGGAGACACCUGUUGAAGAUGCUAGAGCUGCGGUGGAUGCAGCACGGGCAUUUGAGUUGGAACAGGCGAAACAGCAGAUGAGCGAGAUGAAGGCCGUCAUGCAGACUUUACUUCAACAGCAACACCAACAACAACAGCAGCAGCAGCGGCAGGAAUCUGUUCGCGAGUCGAGUAUUCAGCAAGUCGCGAAUGAUUUAGCCACUGCACCGCUCUACAACCGUUCUCACAGCGCAUCACCUGCAUUGCCACCUGUCGAGACAUUACAAGUGGAAGAGUCCAUUGCGGAUAAGAUGCAACGAUGGGAUCAGAGUAUUCAAGCUGAAGCGAAUGCUACGUCCAUGCAUGCACGGGAGUGUUAUCAAACGCCAUCUUACCUCAGAGAUUAUAAGCGACAGGCUGCUGCGUACGAAUCGCCUGUUUCGGCUACUCAUGCUUCGUUGAGAAAGACACAGGGACUGUCCCAGUCACAGCCUCAAGCAUUCCGGCUCGCUGAGCACGUUCCACUAUCUCCAAUCUCAGCAUACUCGCCAGUCCGCGCAGGGUCGCCGCGAUCGCAACAAGCCAAGCAAGGACAGCAGCCGAUGACGAAACCGUUGCUUGCGGCGAAUAUGCCAGAUUACGAUGCGCAUCGUCUUGGAUUGAGUGAAUUGUAUGAGACACUCGCGCUAGCGCAGGUGGAUAGUAUGGAUACACACAUGCGAGGCAACCUCAUCAAGAAUAUCGCUAUCCAGCUCAAUGUCCCACUGCACGACCUCUCCUCGAGUAUCUGCCAACUUGGCUCAGAAGCAGAGAAUCGAGAAAUGUUGGUGCAUGAGACGAUCAAAUUACGCAUGUUUGCUGAGCAGGUGCAUGCGAGUUUGUAUGCAGGUGCACGCAUCGAAGGGUCUGUGGUGCAGGAUGCGUGUUUGGCGGAGAUGGGUGAGCGUGUGGGUCAAAUGGUGCAGACGAUUCAAGUGCUUGGUCGGCGGCAGAGGGUCUUGAGUCAUGGUCAGUGAGUUUGUUUUAUUCUUGUAUAUUAUUGGCUGCUCUGCUCUUCUCUAGCGUAUUACUAGAGGCAUGUCCAUGGUCUCCUGGAUUACUGAUCGAGUGUCCGGCGAUCUGAUGAGCUGAGUGAGCUCCUCCCAAAUUUUGUUUUUCAACAGAUUCAGCGACACAGCGAAUACAAGCA